UUGGUUAACUACCCUUCUAUUCCGUCCGUCUUGACUUGUCUUGACUCACUGUGCUUGUUUCACAUCUCAACCAGCCUGUCUUGUUUUAAAAGUUAUCCUCCAUUCCUUUUGUGUCAGACCCAGACCCAGUCGGAGAGAGGCAAUAUCUUUCUCUCUAUCUGUACCUAGGUACGAACGGGAUUACUCACAGCCCAAUUCAACUGCUAGAUUCGAAAGACACACACACACACACAUACACACACACUCUCUCUCUCUCUCCCUCCUAAGAAAUAGCCCAUGCAGCAAAUAUCCUUACCCAUUCUCACCUAUACUCACCGUUGACGACGGCGAACCGAACUGAAACCUGGGCCUCUGCCACGACGCGCUAGCCUCUGUACGGGUCCUUUACAGCAGUGCAAGACCCUCUUCUGCCCCGCGCUCUCGACUUGCGAACCAGCAUCAGCACGGCCCGAGCGGACGUGGAGCUCUUCUGUUCCAUCUCUAGGUAGUUACCUUACCUUGCCUUAGCUGGACUACUUUAUCGCUACUAUAACUCACCGUCGCUGUCAACCCUUUUUUUCUUCAUACUAAAUACUCACCUAUUUUACACCUUUUGACUUUGGUUCUUCUCUCAGUCGCUAUAAAUCAUCAACUGCAUAUCUCCCUCGAUUCCGUUGAGUCUCGUCGAUAAUCAUAUCUUGCGAUUGUAUUGGGUGGAGCUCAAUACCUGACCCCUCAAAUCAUCCUUAAUCAGCCAGUCCAGCCCAGUUCAAGCCAGUCAGUCCAGCUGGUCCAAGUCCAGGUCCUUCUAGUACCAACAAAGGAGUCUUCUUCGUCUUACUUGACUGGUCCUUUUCUCUUGACUUGCCUUGACUCUCUCUCUCUCUCUACCUUAUUUCUACAACAUCUCGACCGACCGACCGAUCGAGCGGCCGCGAAUUCUUCUCUACACGACAUCAGCCGUUGCUUUUCGGUCGCUCUAUUCCUCUUCAGCUUUCCCCUCCUUUUCACCGCGACCAUGUCUCGAUCGAACCCCCCUAACGCUGCGGGGUCCCGCAAGAUCUCGUUCAACGUGAGCGAGCAGUAUGAUAUUCAGGAUGUUGUUGGUGAGGGCGCCUAUGGUGUUGUCUGCUCUGCCAUUCACAAGCCCUCCGGCCAAAAGGUCGCCAUCAAGAAGAUCACUCCUUUCGAUCACUCCAUGUUUUGUCUAAGAACCCUGCGAGAGAUGAAGCUGUUGCGAUAUUUCAAUCACGAGAACAUCAUUUCCAUUCUCGAUAUCCAGAAGCCCCGAAACUACGAGUCAUUUAAUGAAGUUUACUUGAUCCAAGAACUGAUGGAGACAGAUAUGCACCGAGUCAUCCGCACCCAGGACCUUUCUGACGACCACUGCCAGUACUUCAUCUACCAGACCCUCCGCGCCCUCAAGGCCAUGCACUCGGCCAACGUACUGCACCGAGACUUGAAGCCCUCCAACCUCCUCCUCAACGCCAACUGUGAUCUCAAGGUGUGCGAUUUUGGUCUUGCGCGAUCCGCUGCUUCGCAGGAGGACAACUCCGGUUUCAUGACUGAAUAUGUCGCGACUCGGUGGUACCGUGCGCCCGAGAUCAUGUUGACUUUCAAGGAGUACACCAAGGCCAUUGAUGUGUGGUCGGUUGGCUGCAUUCUCGCCGAGAUGCUCAGUGGCAAGCCCCUGUUCCCUGGCAAGGACUACCACCACCAGUUGACACUCAUUCUGGACGUGCUGGGCACGCCCACUAUGGAAGACUACUACGGAAUCAAGUCGCGCCGCGCUCGAGAAUACAUUCGAUCACUCCCCUUCAAGAAGAAGGUUCCCUUCCGAACUCUGUUCCCCAAGACCUCGGAUCUGGCCCUCGACCUGCUCGAGAAGCUCCUCGCAUUCAACCCUGUUAAGCGCAUCACCGUGGAGGAGGCUCUGAAGCACCCAUACCUUGAGCCUUACCAUGAUCCCGAGGACGAGCCAACAGCACCCCCGAUCCCCGAGGAGUUCUUUGACUUUGACAAGCACAAAGACAACCUGAGCAAGGAGCAGCUGAAGCAGUUGAUCUACCAGGAGAUUAUGAGGUAAAUAUGGUAUGAUGACGAAAGAUGGGCGAGGCAUCUAGGAUCUGCGAUCUGAGACACCUCUGACGGGACAUCUGUUGCUAGCAGGUGAGCUCAUACGUAGUUGCGACUUUUGAAAGGGAGAUGAGUGGCAGAAUUUGGAGAAGAUAGAUAGACCACAGCGCAACCCUCAUGCACGCACGCAAACAUACACAGAAUCACCUACUAGUUUAUUCUGCAUAGGUAGCAUGCACAUGGCAUGGGUCUUUUAGGGCAAACUUGAUGUUGAGAGAUGGUCAAAUGUAUGGGAACAGGAUCAAAGACAUGGGCCAGAGUCAGGGUCAGAGAGAGCCUGAGUCUGAGAAAGGCAAACAUGGGACUUGAAGAUGAUUUGAUGAAGUGCACAUUGCAGCCAUUUCUUUUUUUAGUUGUUAUAUCCCAAGAAAAAAGAAAUUCAUGAUGAUACGUGUUGACCAUAUUCAGGUGAUCAAUAGUGAAACAGAGU